UUUUUCUCAUAUUAAAAUUAAAAUUUAACUACUUCAAAUACAUGACGAUCAUGACAUAUAAAUUUCUUAGACGUUUGGGAUUUCUCACAGGAGUUUUGCUUUAUACCACGCAUAUUGGAGUUUGGGCAGAGCCGGAAGUGGCAUAUAAAUUAGCUGAGCAUAUAACACGAAGUUCAAAAAAGUUAGCCGAUAGCUCAGACAGCAUAUUUGAAAAUAGAGCAUUAGACACCACAUUUGAUAACUGUUUUGUUGCCCAACGACAAUAUAAUGAGGCUAUUAAACGAGGUUUAUACUUUUCUUAUCGCAUGCCCGACUGGUCGACUGAAUUUGUCAAACAUACGAAAAACAUACUAAACGAAAAUAUAUCUAAAAGAAUCUCCAAUCGAUUAACCGAAAAUGAAUCUUGGCCUUUCCUUGAACAUAAUAAUAAAGAACAAAAUAUUGACCUUAAAAGCAACCCUACCGUAUGUGCACCGGUGAACAUACCAAAUCACCCAAUGAAACUUCCAAAGAUCAAGGAUGACAUAACCUGUGGCAAACGUGAACUUGCCUAGGCGGCUGAAAAUGUAUCCUGUCAAAAUUUAAAGUACACAUUUAAUCAGAUCAAUAAUUUUUUGAUUUUCAACAAAAUUUUUAGUUAAAUCAACCCAUAAAAAUGAUUUUAGAUCUUGCAUUGCGCACAGGAAUCGUAGUUGCUGUAAUAAUGGUCACAAAACGCUAUAAUAUUUGGGAUUCAUCGGACGAAACGCAAGAAGUUUAUCAGUCUACAAUCAAGUGGAUCAGUCCAUAUGCCAAGCAAACUUGUGAUUACCUAAACAUUCAAGUACCGCAUCUGCCUCCUCAAAGAGAAAAAUCCUACCUUGGUGUUUACCUUUAUAAUCAAACAGUUAAAACGUUGGUUGACUUACUUAAUAUGCUUCCUACGUAUAUACACGCUGUCUUAGAUCAGAUACCUGGCGUGGCAAGCGAUAUCGCAAGUCGCGCUCGAGAACAAUAUGAUAAGUAUCAAAAAGAAAGAGAAAAGCAGAAAGCAUUGGAAAAAGAAAAGAAUGAACGCAAAAUGCGAAUUGACGAAAGGGCUCUAGUGCAGCCUAUUGCACCACACCCAGAUGUAGAAUCCAAAUGCAAAAAAAAGAAUCAUAUGGACCCAAAAAAUAUACCCGAAAUCCCAUGUAUUAAGGAAACUUGUCCAAAAAAGAAACACACAGAUCCCAAAAAUAUUCCCGGUACUCCUUAUAAAGAGGAAUCUUGUCGAAAAUCCUCAGAUGUUCCCCCUUGUGAUCAACAAAAACAAAAGAGCUGUGACCUUCCAGAUAAAAAAUGCAACUGCCCUAAGUGCGCAAUCAGAGAGUCUGCUGGAUGGUCGGAUAAUAAACCCAAGUGCCCAAACCGUAACAACACCGUGUCAAUCGAUGCAGGGGACGUAGGAAAAAAAAAACCGAGUCUUAAAAAAUAAGUCUAUUGGCAUACAAAAAAUAUUAUUAAAACCAAAUUCACGCAAUAAAAAUAAAUAGUCAAAUCGCAGUGAAAGACUAAGAGACUCGAAUGUCGAUCU